CCUCUUUCUCUCCUGCCCCCAUGAACGUCGCUGGUCCCUCACGACUACGUGGUUCACGUCCGAUCCCGGAUCCAAGAGAAACAGAUAAUCAUGAGGAAGAUCUUACCCGUAUGAUCGCUGAACUAGCCCUAUAUGAUAACAGAGAGCGUCGAGGAAAGGGGUUUUCUGAUCGUGAAGUUGCUUUCAGAUUGUUGAUGCAGAACGCUCGAGAACUUGCAGAGUUCAAUGCUGAUCUGGCACUUGCCCAGCGACUUGCCGACGGAAAUGAGGAAGCAAAUCCUACACCUGGGCCCGCAACAGCAAUGCGACAGAUGCUGCGCUCCAACGACGUCGGAAAAACCAGAUCAGAGAUACAAAUAUGGAAUCAAUUGGUCGACUCCUUUCUUUCGACGCCCAUAUCGAGUGGUCAGACUACACCAAACCCAGGCCAAGUGCCAACUAUCAUAGCUAGAGCUCCUCGGUGAGACCUGUUAUGAUACUGGUGUUACAUUUAAAUUGAACGUAACAUCACAAGCAGGGCAACUGGUCACAAUUGUGUGAUUUGUCAGGAUCCUAUUUUUGGAGAGGAAGUUCUGGCACCAUGCAAUCACUUCUUUGAUAUCGGCUGCAUCACAAAUCUAUUCCAGUCAGCAAUGCGCGACGAACGCCUGUAUCCUCCUCGAUGUUGUCAUCAGAACAUUCCGCUCCUGCAAGUUCGGCCUCACUUGACACAGGCAUUCCUCUCCGAGUUUGAACUCAAAGCUCAAGAAUUUGGGACCCUGAAGCGUGUUUAUU